AUGCUGGCCAUCCCCAAGGGCCAGUUCCUCUUCAUCGGCGCCUGCGAGGCGCUGGCGCAGGUGCUGCUGAUGGCAGGCGCGGCGCACCUGCCCGGCGCGCUGCUGCCUCUACUCAUGCAGACGUCCCUGUUCUGGCAGGUGGCCUUCAGCGCCCUGCUGCUGGGCACCAGGCCCACGCUCAACCAGCUGGCUGGCGUGGCGCUCGUCUCCGCCGGCGUGGCCCUCGCCAGUCUGCCGCCCCCCGCCGCCGCCGGCGCAGCGGCCGCACCCGCUUUGGUGCGGCCUGAGAACUUCAAGCACGUGGCCCUGUGCGUAAUAAGCUUUGCCUUUCCGAGCCUGAGCGUGAUCCUCAAGGAGGGCAUAUUCCGGGAAGCCAGGCGGAAGCUGGGGCGCGAUCUGGAGGUGCUGGUGGUCAACGCCUUCGGCUCCACCGCCCAGGCUGUCUUUGUGCUGGCCCUGCUGCCGCUCAUCACUGCCAUCCGCGGCCUGCCCCUGGAGUCCCUGCCACAAGUGCUGCUGGAGGGGGGGCGCGUGCUGGCCGGGCAGCCGGCGCAGGUCGGCGGCGCCGUGCUGCCGGGCGCUCCGCUCUUCCCCGCUGCUUACGUCUUGGCCAAUGUGGCGUUCAACAUCACGGCGCUGUCCCUCGUGCGCUCGACGGGUGCCGUCACCGCCAGCCUCGCAUUGGCCUGCCUCGUGCCGCUGUCGGUUCUCGCGUUUGCGCUCCCGCUGCCGCUGCUGCAGCAGGCGGCGCUUGGGCCCAACUUCUGGGCGGGGUGUGGGCUCCUCAUGGGGGGCCUGGCUUGCUACAAUUGGAAGAAGGGCGCUGCAAGCAGCGGGAAGUGA